UCGGCUGGUCAGUCCAUCUCCUGAUAAGACAGCAACCUAGAAGCUACACAAGGUUUCGCACUUUCGGCUGGUCGGUCCACUGUCCAAACCCGAAAUCCACAGGCCACAAACCAAAGCAAAACAAAACCAGAAGAAGAACCCUCCAAUGGCGACGGCGAGGAGGGUGGUCCUCAUCCCCGGCCAGAGCAUAAGCCACCUCACGCCCAUGAUGGAGUUCGCUGCGGUCUGCCUCCGUCGUGGCCUCGCCGUCACCGUCGCCGUCCCGGACCCAACCCUCACCUCCCCGGGUUUCCGCUCCACCAUCGGCCGGUACGCCUCCCGGCUCCCCUCCCUCUCCGUCCACUCCCUCCCUCCCCCUCCUGCCGAUGACCACUCCGUUGGCGCCGUGCACCCGUUCAUCCGCAUGCAGGCUGUCUUCCGCUCCCAGGCACCCGGCCUGCGAGACUUCCUCCGCAGCCUCCCCGCAGUCCACGCGCUCGUGGCCGACAUGUUCGCCGCUUACCUCCUCGACGUCGCCGCGGAGGUGGGCGUCCCGGGGCACCUCUUCUACUGCACAGGCGCCGCCAACCUUACCGUCUUCCUCGAGCUGCCUUCAUUUUGCUCCGGGAGCGGCGCAGACUUGAAAGAUCUCGGCGACGCGCCCGUGUCGUUCCCCGGCGUGCCCACGAUGCCGGCGUCUCACUUGGUCGACGGGGUGCUCGACAGCGGGACGGACCUGUACGCGGCUGUGCUGGACGUAUUCGGCCGGAUGGCGACAGCGCGCGGCAUUCUGGUGAACACCUUCGAGGCGCUGGAGGGCUCGGCGGUGGCGGCGAUUAGAGACGGGCGCUGCCUCCGCGGCCGCGCCGCCCCGCGGGUCUACUGCGUAGGCCCGUUGAUUGCGGAAGGCGGCGAGGAGGAGGAGAGGCACCCAUGCCUCCCGUGGCUGGACGCGCAGCCCGAGGGCAGCGUCGUGUACAUCUGCUUCGGCAGCCGCUGCACGGCCUCGCUGGAGCAGAUCAGGGAGAUGGCCAAGGGGCUCGAGAUGUCCGGGUACAGGUUCCUGUGGGUGCUGCGCGCGCCUCCUGCCUUCGCCGCAGUCGCCGGCGAGCCGGACGCGACGCUGUCUCUCCUCCCCGAGGGGUUCUUGGCCCGGACGGCCGGCAGGGGCCUCGUGGUGACCGCGUCCUGGGUGCCACAAAUGGACGUGCUGCGUCACGCGUCCACUGGUGCCUUCAUGACGCACUGCGGAUGGAACUCGACGCUGGAGGCGGCGGCCACCGGCGUGCCGAUGGUGUGCUGGCCGCUGGAAGCCGAGCAGUGGAUGAACAAGGUGUACAUUGUCGAGGAGAUGAAGGUUGGCGUGGCGGUGAGAGGGUAUAACAAACCCGGGGUGCUUGUCUCGGCCGAUAAUGUGGAUGCCACGGUUAGGCAGAUCAUGGACAUGGAGUCGGAAGGUCGGCGAGCGGUCGUCGAACGGGCCAUGGCCGUAAAGGAGAGCGCCGCCGCGGCGUGGAAGGAAGGUGGCUCGUCUUGUGCCGCGUUCGCCGAGUUCGUGAAGCAGAUGGAGUAAGAGAAGGUCAGAGGCACACCGGGUAAGGAUCUGUCGUUGCAGUGGUGCGCACCAUUUAUGAACUAACAUGAAUAGAGAGUGUGAUGUCCGUAUUGAAUCUGUAACAAUAACACGUUGAAUUGGUUGGCACUUGGCAUGCCGUAGAAUCAUCUUAUUGUCUUGGAGAUGAGCACACUCUGUUUUCCUACCAUCCUUUUGUUGCCAAGAAUGGGUUUUGGCGUUGUGUGGUGCAAAUGAUGACAGCAAACGUUUGUUUU